AGCCUCCCCCCCUCCAUCCCAGCCUCAGGAUGGGGGGCCCCCGCCCCUGGGCCUCGCUGCUGCUGCUGCUGCUGCUCCUGUGUGGCCCCCACCCAGCCCCCGCCACCCGCUGCCCCAGGACCUGCGCCUGCUACGUCCCCACCGAGCUCCACUGCACCUUCCGCAGCCUCAGGGCCGUGCCCCACGUGCUGGACCCCAAGAUGGAGCGUGUGAACCUGGGGUUCAACCACAUCCGGGUCCUGACGCACGCUUCCUUCUCCGGUCUCGCGAGACUUCAGCUGCUGCUGCUGCACGGAAACGAGAUCGCAGACAUCACCAAGGGCGCCCUGAGCGACCUGGGUGCACUGCAG